AUGUCUGUUAUCGUUGCCGCUGCCGCUGCCGUUGCCGUUGCCUCGCUUGGUUGUACUUUCGGCCACUGCCGGCAUCAUAUGAAACUGACCGGGGGUUGCGUGGGCGCACAUACACAUUCGCGUACCCCGGGGAGCGGAGAGGGCGUUCGAGUGGCAGAGACACCCAAAAAGACAGCCAAUGCCGACCGUUUCACGAUCGCUCGCGCAGAGGCGGUCGCACGGUAG